AUGAAGAAAGAUACAUUUUUAAGCACUGAUUCGCAUUAUAAUGUUGGCAGAAAUGCUACAGCGUGCCAAAGUUUAAUGAUGGACAACCGUGGAAAAGUUGUUGGUGAAACAACUGUUAUAAAAAAGAGCUCUGGAGGAGACUUUGAAGGCCCAUCCAACAUGAUGGAAACAGAAUGUACAAAGAGGAUGAUGUCAAAUUUUGACUUUACAAAUGUUUCCACAGUGGUUCAUGACAAUGACAAUAAAACGAAAGCCAUCAUCCAGCAAUAUGCUCCGAAUGCUAAAAUUACACUUGAUCCUCGUCAUUGUGUACGUGCAGUUGGCAGAGCUUUCGAAAAGCUUGAAAAUGGUGGAUAUAAAGAAGCAGCAGGAAAAGAAACUGUUAAUCAACAGAAAGAAAGUGAAUCACAGCCAGCAUUCCCAAUCAAAUCUAAAGCAGAAGAGCCGAAGAAACGUGGAAGACCAUUAAAACACCAAGAAAAAGUAUUUCAUCAGAUAUAUUCGAAAGUUAUUAAGUGGUUCACUUUUAUUAUCAUGCUUCCAAUUGAAACAACGAAAAAAAUUUUCCUAUGGAAGAAUACAUUAAAUCAUUUUAUCGGAAGGCAUGAAAAUUGCCUUCACGAAAAAGACAAAGAAUAUCCUGUGUUUCAGCCACUUACAAAACCUGAUUUAGCGAAGCAAUUUCAACGUUUUACAGAUGAUGCCGCAAAGUUGAUUCCAGAAAUUGAUCCUAAUGCUCAAACACAACAAAAUGAAUCGAUACAUCACUCAAUGCUUACUCAGUGUCCCAAAGGAAACAACGCAAAAUCGUUUGAAAUGCGUACGGCUGUUACAAUUUUACAAAAAAACGAAGGAGAGAAAUGCAAACAAGAAAUAUACAAUCGUGUCAAUAAUUACCAAAUAUCUCCUUCAAUCCGCGAACUCCAAAAACUUGAAUAUGAGAAAAAUAAAUCCAGAAAUCAAAAGAAAGCUACACCAGAAACAAGAAAAGAGAUCAACAAGGCAAGAAAUGCAAAAAGAUUUCCUAAGGAUAACCCUACAGGUGAUUACAGAGGAGGAAAGUGGACCCCACAAGAUAUCUAA